AUGACAAAUGAUAUCCACGACACUUUACAAGCUCUCCUCGCCCGCAUGGAAGCUUUGGGAGCACGCUCUGCUGCUCCUCCUGUGGCCCUUGAUGGUUCUCCUGCUGAUGAAGACGACACAAUGCUACCUACCGACCAUAUUGUCGAACGACCUAUCGCAUCUGAUCUCACUCCCUUCCCCGAACUUAUUAAAGCCAUUCCCGGGAUGGAGCGCGACUUCUUCAGGCAACCCUUGGACGAAGCCUCUCGCCGCCGAUUCCUCCUUAACUGCCCACGAAAUGUACUUCGUCAGUACCAAGCCCUUGUUCUCAACUACAGUGGCGUGGGAACUCACACCAAACGUACUGAUGCCCAACUCGCUGAUAUUCAGUUCCGCCUAUCUGGUCUCACCCGUCCCAUCGACCUGUUCGCACAUGAUGUGCUUGUGGAAGGAUCUAUCCAGGUUACACAGGCGUUGGGUUUUGCCAACACUAUGCAUGAAUUACUAUCAGACCUUGCCUCUGUUGUCACCCAGAUGCGUAGUGAUAAUAUCUGCCGAGAUGCCAAUCUACCUAUCACACCAAUUGUCACCAACUCUGCCUUGGAGCCCAAACCACUUCUCGACUCUCAACGAAUUGUGGAACAAGCUAAGCUCCAGCCGAUCUUCCCGUCCCCACGACUCGAAGAAGGUUUUUCACAGUCGCCCACAGCUGUCCAAGUCUCAGACAACCAAUACACCACAGUAGGUGGGCGCCUUCAACUAUUUCGCAACGCAUGGACCAAACUCACAAACGAACACUGGGUUCGACACACCGUCGAACAAGGGUACGACAUCCCUUUCACUCGUCUGCCACCCAUCUCCUCGUCCGGACCGUUGACGAACCACAACCGGAUGGACAGCAAUGUGAUCGAACAGGAGAUCAUGUCCCUUCUGUGCAAGAAAGCCAUCGAGGAACAAGGAUAUGACACUAAUCAUCCCUCGCUCCAAGUUGAGAGAUAUCCGGAGAGAAGCAUCUCGCCUUCUCCACAACCCGACAAUCACCUUGAGACAGCUUUCCUCGUUCAUCGGCAAGGCCCAGGCAACCACUUUGGCAGUCCUUCCCGCGCGCCUGCAAACCCGGCAACUGAUAUCCAUACGCAACCAAGCCUUGUACCGCGGAUUGCAAUGGACCAGUCCGAUACACCUCUCUUCCAUGGCUCGGCAGGAACUUCAGUGGUGGAUCGACCAGCUGAAGGCAUGGAAUGGACACUCGUUCCUCCCAGAACUUCCGACGUACAUGACAUGGAAAUGGGAUCCGCAAGCAUUUGCGAUGGACGCACUUUCUGUACCUUGGACAACCUGGCCUCGCCUAUAUCUUUGUCCGCCGUGGAACCUACUUCUCCACAUACUGCAGAAACUACAACGAGAGAAGGUUCCCGCUACGUUGAUAACGCCCAACUGGUCGAGCGCCCUCUGGUAUCCUCUCCUCCUCCAGCUGUCGUCCCGCCCGCCAAUACCCAUCCCUCGUCACCUGGUCCUUCCCGCACCAGGCUGCGCCGGCCACGUUCUCCUGAAGAACCCACACUGGAACAUGAUCGCGUGGGACAUAAAUUACGCAGGUUAGAAGACCAAGGAUUCGAUGACAAUGCCAACAUCAUCAUCCUCAACCGCGAUCGCAACCACUCCCGACGAUCCUAUAACCGUAUUCAACGCGCUUACAUCGACUGGGCACACCACCACGACGUCGACCCUUUCAUUCCUAACCCCGUUCAUAUAGUCAACUAUCUGGCCUAUGGUGCUACCCAUUUGAAAUGGAAAGCAUCCACUUGUCAAGCCUACCGCUCCGCCAUUCUUGAUUUGUACUCGGAUAAAGAUUCUAUUGUCAAAGACUCUACCUACAUUGAAUUCUUUUCCGCACUCAACGAACAGAACCUACUGUCUUUCCACCGUCCAACAUAUGAUAUUGCCCCGGUCAUUCGGUUCAUUCAUAACCUUGGUCCUAAUGACACAAUGAAUGCGAUAGAUCUCACACGUAAGUUGUGCUGGCUACUUGCCAUUUGUGGGUUUCUGCGUCCCGCCGAUUUGGAACGAGUCGAUGACCGCCGUACAUCAAGAGACAAUGGCAUCCUUCGCUUGGUCAUUGUUGCCCCCAAAGAAAAACGUUCAGGUAGACGCAUCGAAAGGAUUGUCGCCAUUCAACCUCAUGAAGACCCCUUACUUUGCCCCGUCGCCACCUAUCUAGCCUACAAGUCCAACAUCGCCUUCUCGGUCUGCGUUCGGCCUCACCCUGUCCUCUCUCAGGUGACUUUGCAAAGAUUAGUACGUGACGUCCGUAAUUACGAUAGACCCAUUGGAUCAGAACGGAUAUCCAAGCAUAUUCAAUUUCUCAUGGAGAAGAUCCCUCGUCCUUCUGGUGUCCUCCUCCCCAAGGCCCGGGCUCUCGGACCUACUCUUGCUUUGGCUUCUGGUGCUUCGGUUGAAGACAUUCUUGUACACGGUUCAUGGGCUUCCUCCGCCGUUUUUGACACAUUUUACCGCUUGUCACGACAGACUGUUAGCAAUUUCUCUACCAUGACUUUGACUUCUUCUAGCGGUUAUCUGGACACACAGCCAGAGUCUCUGGCGAAUGAAGAAUAA